UCAAAGCAAUAGUGUGCCUCGACUCAGUGAGCAUGAGGCUGCAUCGAUCAGUGUGAGAAGUGUGUGAGAGGCGCGCGCACCCUCCACGCUCGGUUCUCCAUUCGCACCACUGCCUCCUUUGCCUCUUUUGGACCUUGAAUAGACCUCUUUUGGACCCAGAUUGGACUUCUUUUUGACCACUAACACAAGGGUGACAUCUACCCAUUGGGAUGGAGGAUCCCGAGCUCACGUCACCAUCACCUGUGCCCCAUGAGAUGAACGACACGGGUGGGAUUUUCGAAGUGGCGCUCCAAAAUGUCUCGUCGGAGCGCAAACCUCAGUUUGAGGGUGUGGAGCUGCUGCAGUCCUUCAAGGUGCUCAUCAUUCCCUGCUACACCGUGGUGGCCCUGGUCGGUGUCAUCGGCAACUACCUGCUCCUGUAUGUCAUCUGCUGCACUCGCAAGAUGCACAAUGUUACCAACUUCUUCAUCGGGAACCUGGCCUUCUCCGACAUGCUCAUGUGCUCCACGUGCAUCCCCUUCACACUGGCCUAUGCCCUCAACCCACACGGGUGGGUGUUUGGCCGCUUCAUGUGUUACUUGAUCUAUCUCAUCCAGCCGGUGACUGUGUACGUGUCAGUUUUCACCCUCACCGCCAUCGGGGUAGAUAGGUACUAUGCCACGGUGCAUCCUCUGAAGAAGCGCAUCUCAAUCUUGGCAUGCACCUACCUACUGUGUGCUAUCUGGUUACUGUCGUGUGCUCUGGUGGCUCCCGCUGUUGCACACACCUACCAUGUGGAGUUCCGAAAUGAGGGCUUCACCAUCUGCGAGGAAUUCUGGAUGGGUCAGGAGGGGCAGCGUCUGGCCUACGCCUAUGGCACUCUCUUCAUCACCUACGUGCUGCCUCUUUCUGCCCUCAGCAUCUCUUACCUGUGCAUCUCUAUCAAACUGAGAAACUGUGUCGUUCCAGGCUUCCACACUCAGAGCCAGGCCGAGGCCCAGCGCCUGCGCAAACGUAAGACCUUCCGCCUGGUGAGCCUGGUGGUGGCCGCUUUUGGCAUAUGCUGGAUGCCCAUCAGUGUGUUUAACGUGUUGCGUGACAUUGACAUCCACCUGAUAGAUAAGCGCUACUUCCUGCUCAUUCAGUUGCUCUGUCACUUGUGUGCCAUGAGUUCAUCUUGCUGUAACCCAUUCCUCUACGCUUGGCUCCAUGACCGCUUUCGUGCCGAGCUCCGUAAAAUGAUGGUCUGCCACCGGCGCAUUGGCAUUGCUGCUAACAACGGCGCCACCGCCAGUGUCGUGCUGUGAAAGAGCCUUCAAAAAUAAUUCAAGUGAGACAAAUCACUUUGGGGAAGGAACUAUUUUUUUUUUUUUGCCUCUGUUCCAUCUUUAUAAAAUGCAUACUUAUACAGCAUGUUUGUACAUUAUUUUGCAAUGUGAUAGUGUUGUAAAGAGGUGGAUUAGGUCACUGAAGGCCCAUGUCGGAAACUCACUGGCCGUCACCGAGGUCUGGCUAAUUCAUCACAU